AUGGCGGACAAAGCUCAGAAUUCAGAGAAGGCCGGGAAUAGGUCGGCAACAAGACCUCAAGUAUCGCAAAUCUCAAACAUCGUAUCACCACCCGGAUCGAAGACACCGCCAAGCAUGCCGUCCAAGCGCACGAUGUAUUUCCCAGAUAAUUCAAAUUCAAAUUCGGACAGCCGCCAACGGCAAGAUGGAGCAGAUCCAAUCGACCCUAGUGCGCUUGCAAAAGCAUUGAAGGAUUAUGAGACUGUUGGGAGCCGGCGGGACAGGACCCCGGCCUCCAGCCCAUGUCGCAAGAGACAGCGGGUGUAUGGGGACCGAUUCAUUCCCAAUCGCGACGGCCAAGAUCUGCAAGCGACUUACAGUUUGUUGCAUGAAGAUGGUUGCCCAUCUACUCCUUCCAGGACCAAGAAACGCCCUCCUCACUCCGAGCUUCACUUCCAAAAGACCGAGGAAGCCAACCGUACAUUUUCCCGAGUUUUGCGCAGCGAGCUGUUUGGAAACACGGUGCCACAACCCGACCUGAACUCUGCGCCAUCCGACCCAUUGCUCGGAUUCAACACAUCACCCCCACCACCCCACACAAGAACCUCUUCAACUAUGGACCUUCACGGCCCGGAUCGGGACAUCCAACCCCCCUCUAAAACCCCUCGAAGUGUGCAUGGCCCCAACUUGGACGUGCGCUCUGAGCUCUACAGUCUUUCUCCUAUUCGGUACGACAGUCAGCGCAUUCUUGAAACACCUCGAAAACAGGCUCGGUAUGUAAACAAGGUGCCCUACAAGGUCUUGGAUGCGCCGGAUCUUCAAGAUGAUUUCUAUUUGAACCUGGUGGACUGGGGUAGUAGCAAUGUUCUUGGCGUUGGAUUGGCCAACUCGGUCUACAUGUGGAACUCCCACACCGGUGGAGUUACGAGGUUAUGCGAGCUGAAAGAUGAUACUGUGACCAGCGUGAGCUGGAUUCAAAGGGGUACACAUCUUGCAAUUGGCACAGGUAAAGGUCUGGUGCAAAUAUGGGAUGCUGAGCAUUGCCGCCGGCUACGAACCAUGAUUGGACAUACCAACAGAGUUGGUGCCUUGGCAUGGAACGAUCACAUCCUCACAUCGGGAUCUCGAGACCGUCUCAUUUAUCACCGUGAUGUUCGAUCUCCCGACCAGUAUGUUCGAAAGCUUUCUGGCCACAAACAAGAAGUCUGUGGUUUGAAGUGGAACACCGAAGAUGGCCAAUUGGCAUCGGGCGGCAACGACAACAAACUGAUGGUUUGGGAUAAGCUUAACGAGACACCUCUCUACCGUUUCUCCGACCACAAUGCUGCAGUCAAGGCCAUUGCAUGGUCUCCUCAUCAACACCAUCUCCUCGCUUCUGGGGGCGGUACCGCUGACCGCACGAUCAAGUUUUGGAACACACAAACUGGCUCAAUGAUCAAAGAGGUCGACACUGGCAGCCAGGUCUGCAACCUCUCGUGGUCCAAAAACUCAGACGAGAUCAUCAGCACGCACGGUUACAGCCAAAACCAAAUUGUCAUUUGGAAAUACCCUCGUAUGGAACAAAUUGUCUCAUUGACCGGCCACACUUUCCGCGUUCUUUACCUCGCCAUGAGCCCUGACGGACAGACUGUCGUAACAGGGGCAGGCGAUGAAACUCUCAGAUUCUGGAAAAUAUUUGAUAGACGAGCUACAAGAGACGCUCGUCGGGAAGGCAGCAGACUGGCCGAAUGGGGCACUAUCCGGUAG